AUGAGGUGGAAUAACAACACCUCUAGGUUUGUCCUUAGGAGGAUGGUCCAAAUAGUUUCUGAUGGCAGUAGGGCUGACAAGUGCUUCAAGGAUAAGGAUGUGAACUAUGUGGCAAAGGCUCUACUAGAUUACUGUGGUGAGGCUACGAGCCCUACUCAAGUGUACAACCACUUAAGGAAGUGGAGGCAGAAGUGGGCUAGGGUUAUAAAGUUGAAGGACCUUAGUGGUGCACUAUUUGGUCAUGAUGACAAUGCCAUGAUGCUUGAACCUGAGCACUACAUAGGCCACUGCAAGGACCAUCCUAAGGAUGCUGAAUUCCUGAAUAUCCCAAUCAGGUUCUACACUUGGAUGGAGGCCAUAUUUGGUUCUUCCAUGGCCACUAGUAGGUUUGCCCUAGGUUCUAGUGAGCCACUUGGGGUGAACAAUGUUGACAGUGUUGUUGCAAAGAUUGAGGGCCAGGGCUUCACCACUGCUGCUGAUGUUAAAUGCAGCCCUGAGAUGGGUGAGGACAGCAAGGCAACUGAGCUACUCAUUUUCACUAUGGGAGUAAAGAGAAAGAGGGAUGGCGGGUGCCUCGUCUCUGCGCCGGCUGAGCUGGCCGGGCUCUUCUGCCGCGGCGCCGUGCAGCAGCGGAAGCGCACGCUGGUGGCCGCUUCCGCGGUCGCUGCCGCGGCGGCGGAGUGCGUGAGGGCGGCCAAGAAGCAGAGGCAGCAGCUGCCGCUGCCGCUGCCGUCGCUCGACGCGCUCCCGGACGAGUGCCUCUUCGAGAUCCUGCGCCGCGUGCCCGGCGGCCGCGGCCGUGGCGCCUCCGCCUGCGUCUCCCGCCGCUGGCUCGCGCUUCUCGGCAGCAUCCGGACCUCCGAGCUCGGCCAGGCCGCCGCCGCGGCGGCGGCGGCGGACACCCCGUCGCUGCCCGACCUGAACGAGGAGUUCGUCAUGGAGGAGGAGGAUAAGGAGGAGUCCCCCGCGGAUCGGUGCGCCGUUGACAGGGUUCUGGUGGGCAAGGAGGCCACCGACGUCCGUCUGGCCGCCAUGGCCGUCGUCGCCGGAUCCCGCGGCGGGCUGGAGAAGCUCGCCGUCCGCGGCAGCCACCCGACCCGUGGCGUCACGGACCAAGGGCUCUCGGCGGUUGCACGCGGCAGCCUCAACCUCAGCUCGCUCACGCUCUGGGAUGUUCCUCUUAUCACCGAUGCUGGGCUCGCCGAGAUCGCCGCCGGGUGCCCCUCGCUGGAGCGUCUGGAUAUCUCUCGAUGCCCCCUCAUCACAGACAAGGGCCUCGCCGCCGUUGCGCAGGGGUGCCCCAACUUGGUGUCUCUGACCAUUGAGGCAUGCUCCGGUGUUGCCAAUGAGGGCCUGAGGGCCAUUGGCCGCAGCUGCGUGAAGCUGCAAGCUGUGAACAUCAAGAACUGCCCUCUUGUUGGUGACCAAGGCAUCUCCAGUCUGGUGUGCUCUGCUACCGCUUCACUUGCUAAGAUCCGGCUCCAGGGAUUGAACAUAACUGAUGCUUCGCUUGCUGUGAUUGGAUGCUAUGGGAAGGCUGUCACUGACCUUACACUUACUCGUCUUGCUACUGUUGGUGAGAGGGGUUUCUGGGUGAUGGCUAAUGCUGCUGGCCUGCAGAAUCUGAGGUGCAUGAGUGUUACCUCUUGCCCUGGAGUCACUGAUCUUGCGCUCGCUUCUAUUGCCAAGUUCUGCCUUAGCUUGAAGCAGCUUUACCUCAGGAAGUGUGGACAUGUGUCGGAUGCUGGCCUUAAGGCGUUCACAGAAUCAGCAAAGGUGUUUGAGAACUUGCAGCUUGAGGAAUGCAACCGGGUUACUCUUGUCGGUAUUCUUGCUUUCCUCCUCAACUGCAGCCAGAAGUUCAGGGCUCUUUCUUUGGUGAAAUGCAUGGGGAUCAAGGAUAUCUGCUCUGCGCCUGCACAACUUCCUCUUUGCCAAUCACUUCGUUUCCUUACAAUCAAGGAUUGCCCAGGUUUCACUGAUGCAAGCUUGGCUGUGGUGGGGAUGAUUUGCCCUCAGUUAGAGCAGGUUGACCUGAGUGGUCUUGGUGAGGUCACUGACAAUGGGCUUCUUCCAUUGAUCCAGUCUUCUGAAGCUGGUCUGAUCAAGGUUGACUUGAGUGGUUGCAAGAACAUCACAGAUGUGGCUGUCUCCUCCCUGGUGAAGGGACAUGGAAAAUCUCUGAAGAAAGUCAGCCUUGAGGGUUGCAGCAAGAUAACAGAUGCUAGCCUCUUCACCAUGUCUGAGAGCUGCACCGAGCUUGCCGAGCUUGAUCUUUCAAACUGCAUGGUUAGUGACUAUGGUGUUGCCAUCCUGGCAUCUGCAAGGCACCUCAAGCUCCGUGUUCUCUCACUGUCUGGUUGCUCUAAGGUUACUCAGAAGAGUGUGCCGUUCUUGGGCAACCUUGGCCAAUCUCUAGAGGGCCUCAAUCUUCAGUUCUGCAACAUGAUUGGCAACCACAACAUUGCAUCGCUGAAGAAGAAGCUCUGGUGGUGCGACAUCCUUGCAUAG